AGAGAGAGAGCUUCGGGUCACUUCCCUUGGCAGCUUGUCUUCUUUAACUUCUCUCUACCUUUCUCUCUCUCGCUCUCUCUCUCUCACUGAAGCAUCACUGCAACUCGGAAACUCUUCCUCUUCAAUUCCCGCCUAUAAAACCCUCUCGCUCUCUGCAAUGUUCUCCCAGUCCCAUUCCCUCUCUCUAAUCCCCAACCUCCUCUCUCUCUCCGCCAACUCUUCUCCUUCUCUUCGCUGCUCUCUCGCCUUCCCCUUCUCUUCACCUCCCCCCAACCUUGCCCUAGACUCUCCCCGAACCAAGCUCAUUUCAACCAUGACUUCCAAUUCCAGGCUCUCGAGCUGCACCGCAACCGCUGACUUAGGGUUCGAACAUUGCGAUCUCGAUAGGUUCGUGCACGUCGCCAACGAACUCGCCGACGCCGCCGGAGAAGUCAUUCGAGGAUAUUUCCGGCGAAGAUUUGAAAUUCUCGAGAAGGAUGAUUUGAGUCCUGUGACAAUCGCAGAUCAAGCUGCCGAGGAAUCUAUGGUGUCGAUCAUAUUGGAGAACUUCCCGUCGCAUGCUAUUUAUGGAGAGGAGAAAGGUUGGAGGUCUGAAGAGAAAUCUACAGACUUUGUUUGGGUUUUAGAUCCAAUAGAUGGGACAAAAAGCUUCAUUACUGGCAAACCCUUGUUUGGUACUCUUAUCGCUCUGCUACACAAGGGUAAACCGAUUCUUGGCAUAAUUGAUCAGCCUGUAUUAAGAGAGAGAUGGAUUGGGAUAAGCGGAAGGAAAACUACAUUGAAUGGACAAGAAGUAUCAACACGCACUUGUGCAAAACUCUCUGAAGCAUAUUUGUAUACAACCAGCCCACAUCUAUUUAGUGGAAAUGCUGAAGAGGCAUUUGCUCGUGUUAGAAGUAAGGUGAAAGUUCCAUUAUAUGGCUGUGAUUGUUAUGCUUAUGCCCUCUUGGCUUCUGGUUUUGUGGAUCUUGUCAUUGAGUCUGGCCUCAAGCCGUACGAUUUCCUUUCCCUGAUACCUGUGAUAGAGGGAGCUGGAGGUGUUAUUACUGAUUGGAAGGGGCGGCAGCUUUACUGGGAAGCUUCUUCAGAUUCACGCCCAACAAGUUUUAAUGUCGUGGCUGCUGGAGACGAGCAGCUUCACCAACAAGCAGUAGAUUCAUUACAAUGGCCAUAGAGAUUUGCCAUUGACUGAGUACACAUUUUGGCCUUCAAUCUCUGUGCUGAAAACUAAGGUGAACUUUGGCAGCUGCAGCAAUGGCGGAAUGGAUGGAACUGCAAUGUAUUCCAUCAUCCUAUAAUUAUAAUCAUAUUAUGUAUUUCAAUAAGCCGCUCAUAGGCAAAAUUUAUUGCCAAAUGCAGAGCUUGAUCAAGCUUGGAUGAUUAGGCAACUCAUCUGAGGAAAGUGCAUCUAAAAAUGAUCAAUGCUUCUGUAUUUUUAUUCUGAACUCCAAUCCCCAAGUGUCAAAAUUCCCCAGGUUUGGCUUAGUAAUUGUAUUGUGCAUUUGUUAUGAUUUCCUCAACAUCUGAUUUAUUUGCAUGUGCAUAAUCAAGAUUUCAUCUGUGCUCCCGAAGAGCAACCUUAGAGCAA